ACAACACAGUAUGCUUAUGUUUUUUAAACCAUGAUUGCAUUUUGUAUGAUCUUGUAAAGUGAUUGGGUAAGGCUUUUGUUGUGUUGGAAUGGGUAAUUGAUUUUUUUAACAAAAACCAAAAACACGUUAAGCUUACAAUGUUUAUUUAGAAAUUUAAAUACUGUAAUGUUAAUAAAUAGUGUCCUUAUUUAUUUUAUAUCCUCAAAUCCUGAUUAUGUAACCAAACACACAAACAAAUGAUACUCAAUGUUUCACACUUUGUGACUGUCCAGCUGAAUGAUCACACGAACUGUGGACAACAACAACGGCAAAACUCCCCACCCCCUUCCCCUUCUCACUCCCCCUCCCCUUCUCACUCCCCCUCCCCUUCACAGUCCCCCUCAGCUUCCCAGUCCCCCUCAGCUUCCCAGUCCCCCUCAGCUUCCCAGUCCCCCUCAGCUUCCCAGUCCACCUCAGCUUCCCAGUCCACCUCAUCUUCCCAGUCCCCCUCAUCUUCCCAGGCCCCAUCAGCUUCCCUGGCCCACUCCACUUUCCAUUCCCCUUCUCACCACACCUCUCCAUCUCUUUCUGGGACCCCUUCUCCUCCUUCCCAUACCCCUUCUCCUUCAAAUUCAACAUCCCAAUCUGAACCCCCCUCACCCUCUAUUGCUUUAACUUUUUCUCCGCCCCCCUCGCCCUCUCAAUCAGACCCCCCCUCUGAAAUUGGCAAACAAAUCCAGCCUCCUUCCCCCAUCCAGCCUCCUGCCCCAAUCCCUCCUCCUUCCCCAAUCCCUCCUCCUUCCCCAAUCCCUCCUCCUUCCCCCAUCCAGCCGCCUUCCCCCAUCCAGCCAACAUCCCCACCCAGUGAAUGGGCAGAGGAAGCCCCUGCAGACCGUUCCGGGAGUCUGGAUGUUGCCGUGGAAAAUGUUGCCGUUGGAGAUCCAACAUCAAUACAGUACAUUUGUACACAUAUGAGGCAGCAUCUCCAGGCCUUGUUGGAACUUGUUGGGGACCUGGAAAAGUUAUGUUAAAUUUUAUUU